AUGUGCCUUCUUCGAACCGUACUCAUCCUCUCCUGCCUUUUCCUCAUUUCCACACAAAAACCGUUACACCCCAACACGAAAUGUGAUAUGUAUGACAGUAUGCGUAUGCAAUUCGGAUGUGAUCGACAACUGAAUUGUUUGGAGAGACCAUGGUCGAUGCUCUACGGUAAAACGUGCUCUCAAAACAACGAACAGUUGUGUGAAGAGGCUGCGAGCUGCCUCGCUCCAUAUGAAUGUGAACAGGCGACGCAAUACAGAAAUACCAUCACAAAAUUCUGCGACUUUAAUAUUGACUAUUUCCCUGAUGUUCGUCAAUGUCUCGUUGAAUUCUUGAAGGAUUUGUAUCUGUCGAAGUCGUUAACAGAAGAAUCGUGUCUUCGCGAGUUUCGUUUUCUGCAGAAAAAUGCCGAUGAAAAAGGCGCUGGAUAG